GCUGCCAUCUGUGCCUAAGUGACUGUAGCGAUCAGCUAGUCCUCCACUGGAGGUUAACACGCCCCAACAGGUGAUGGAGAGCAUCACCUGUAACGUUAUCCUUCCCUACUAAAUUACAGCUUGUAAAAUGAAACAAACCCAAACAAACAAGUUCGUCGCUCAGGUUGGUUUAUGGAUCCAUCCGCUGGAACGACUAUAGAUCCUCCGUAUAUACACUGCCAGGACCAGCAGUCACUGAAGCAUCCUUCCUCAUCUGUCAUUCUACAAAACAUGAGCCAGAACACAUCAGGAGUGAAGAGAGAACACACAGUCCAACAAGAGGAAUUCAAAGUUGUUAUUGUUGGAGACAAAUGUUGUGGGAAAACUUCGCUAAUCACAGUUUACACUAAAGGAGUCUUUCCAGAGGAAUAUGUCCCAUCUGUGUUUGACAAGAGUGUUGUCAAUACAAGGUACAGAGGCCAACAGUUUCGCUUACAUCUCUAUGACACUGCAGGUCAAGAGGAGUAUGAUCGCUUGCGGCCUCUCUCCUACCAGAACGUCAAUGUGGUGCUGAUCUGCUACAACAUCAUGUGUCCUUCAAGUUUUGAUAAUGUCUUCGUAAAGUGGUACCCUGAGGUGCAGCAUUUUUGUGAUGGAGCACCCAUCAUCCUUGUUGGUUGCAAAGCAGACCUACGUGAGGACAAAAUCCUGGUCAAGAAACUGUGGGCAUCGGGCCAGAACGCUGUCACAUAUAUUCAGGGAGAAGAAGCCAGGAGGAAAAUCAAUGCCGUGCUGUAUUUGGAGUGCUCUGCCAAAUACAAGGAAAAUGUGAAGGACUUAUUCAGGGAAGCAACAAAACGAGCACUGGCGGCAACAACACCAGAAAAAGUGAGAGAGCGAGGAGGGGUGUGUGCUUUGUUGUGAUGCACGCUUAUAGAUGUCACUGACUGACAGUAGCUGCACUGCAUGUCCGGACACAUUUCCUGUGUGGGUUUCCUUUUAACUUCAUAGUGUGAUAUACAUUUUUGAUGUUAGAUUAUAUUGUUUGUCUGCUUUCCUGUUACAAUAAAUAGAUAUAAAACUCACAAGUCAUCUCAAAUGUGUUUUAUUUGCAAACCAGCAACAAAAAGUCCUGGUGAAUCUCACCAAGUUACAAAGCCGCAGCGUCGUGAGCUUCUACCACCACAUGUAAGCAAAACUAAAAACACAUUUACUCAAUAUUCACGUUUAAGUUGUACUUUGGCACAAGCAAUGAAACUUCUGUAUAUACAGUAACAUACACUGGGUUAAAUAAAUAAACCACAAAAAUGAACCGUAAAGAACAUGCAGACAUUUGCAGUAAUAUGUUUUUAAAGAAGGCACAUGUAACAGAGGUGUUGACCUGAAUAAUCUGUCUCCAUUUAAUUCCUUCUGAAGUUCACACAUAAACAGUUCUUUGGAGAGAAGCAAUAACCGUUUUACUAGUCUAUAAGUUACCAACACGAUAUGGCUCCUUGUUCUCUGCUAACUGUCAGAGAUAUUAUCGUCUGGCCAGAACAAUUUUAACGCAAAUUUGGGAAGCCUUGGUCAACUGAAAACUACUUUACAAUAAAUGUAGACGGUAUGUGUUGGGGUAGGUGAUACAGACAAAACUGAUGCACUGAUUGCAAUAUUUACGAAGGCAAUAUAAAUACAGCAUGUUGUAACAGUCACUUAAGUGUUCAAAAUCACAUGACAAAAAUUCAAACUCAUGUUCAUCACAGUGGUUAAGACGAUUGUACUGUUUUUUGUUGACCAAAAGCCUAAAUUUAAA